AUGAAACCUUACUUUGGUUUCUACAUCUUUGCCGUGGUUUUAACGGCUCGGUUUGUUAGUGUCGCAGGUGUUCCUAAUGCCACAGCUCCAGGUGACAUUAUUAUCGGAGGACUGUUCCCAAUACAUGAAAGCGUUAACGUUACACUCAGAGCUGAUGGCAGUGACACAAGGAUCUGUGACAGGUUCAGUAGUGCCAGACUGGUCCAGUCUCUGAUACUGGUGCAGGCGGUGGAGGAGGUGAAUAAGAGGCAGGAGUUGGGGAACCUAACUCUUGGAUAUAAGAUAGUGGACUCCUGCUCUGAUGUGACCACUGCCCUGAAAAACUCUCGGUCCUUCAUGAGGCGAAACAGUACCUGGACUGAUGGUGUAGACCAGCCCUCCCCACCUGCUUUGGCUGUCAUCGGUGGUUACCAUUCGGAGAUAUCCACCGCAGUUACGAGGCAACUCAACCUGGAGUACAUCCCUCAGAUAAGUUAUGGUUCAACCUCUGGUUUCCUGAGUGAUAAAAACCGAUUUCCAAGCUUUAUGAGGACGGUGCCAGAGGACGAUCACCAAGUGCGUGCCAUCAUCGAUAUUCUUAAAAAUCACCAAUGGUCCUGGGUCGGUGUCAUGACGACUGAUGGGGACUAUGGACGCUAUGCUGUUGAACGCCUCCAGCAUCAUGCAAAAGAAAUCAACAUCUGCUUUGCCUUCAUCCAUACUUUUACUGAUGUUCUCCAUGACAGCACACUGAUGGAGGAGAUCAGAGAUGCAACCAAAAGCAUUGUUGAAAAUAAGAAUGUCCAGGUCAUCGUGUCUUUUGCCAAACCCUAUCACAUGAUGUAUCUUUUUGACAGUCUUCUCAAGGAUCCUGAAGGCAGGGGCAGAGUUUGGCUAGCCAGCGAUAACUGGUCGGAAUCAGCAUCUAUUCUGAAAAACUGGACAUUGAGCGACGUAGGAACGGUCUUUGGGACCACACUUAAAUCUGGAAACACAACCAGACUGAAGCAGUAUCUCAGGAAUCUUGAUGCGAACCCUGAUUCUCACAAGAACAACAAAUUCUUGUACGACUUUCUAAAGGGAAAACAGGAGCAACAGGUAAAAAGUUUGAGGUCCGACUACACAGCUACUAAUGAACUGGAAAAGAUGAUUUAUCCAUAUGCUGUGUUCAGUAUUGAGUUGGCUGUGAGAGCGAUUGCUCAGGCUGUUGUGGACCUCUGCGUCAACAGGGACUGUAAGACGGGACAGAGAUUACAGCCCCUUGAGUUACGGGGUGCCUUGAAGAGAGCAACCUUCCAAAUGGACGGGAAAAACUAUUCAUUCGACAAGAGCGGCGACCUCAACUCAGGAUAUGAUGUCGUCCUGUGGAGGCAGAGCUCACCCACCGAUGUCGACGUGCACUACAUCGUAGCUCAUUACAGUAUAGAGAACCGCACGCUGACUUUCACCUCAGAAGAAACAUAUCAUGAUGUCUUAAGUGUCACAGGAGAAGUGAUUUCCAGAUGCUCUAACAGCUGCGGUCCAGGCUUUUGGAGGCAGACAGCUCAGGGCCAGCAGGUUUGCUGCUAUACAUGCCACGAAUGUCCUGCUGACCACUAUUCCAACACCAGCGAUUCCACAAUGUGUCAUCAGUGUAAUACCACCACCCAUUUCUCCACCACUGGAAGUAGAGAGUGUCUCCUCAAGCACACUGUCUUCCUGAAAUGGGAAGAUGAGUAUCAAAUCACGCUGUUGGCAUUUACCACUCUCGGGGCACUGCUUACCAUUGUUGUUGGGAUCAUCUUCCUUGCACGCUGGAACACCCCUGUUGUACGUUCAUCCGAGGGAUCCAUCUCUAUCCUCCUCCUCUUCGCGCUCUUGAGCACAUUUGUGAGCGUGAUACUAUUUGGUGGUAAACCCAAUAAAUGGCAGUGCAAAACAAGACAGGUACUCUUUGGCUUGAGUUUCACACUGUGUGUCUCCUGCAUCCUGGUGAAGUCCUUCAAGAUCAUCCUGGCCUUUGAGUUUGACCCCGGCGUCCAGAGAGUCCUGAAGAAGCUCUACCAGCCUUACGUCAUUAUUGCCGCGUGCAUGGCAGGCCAAGUGCUCAUCUGCACCCUGUGGCUCGUACUCAAGCCUCCAACAACCAAGUGGGAGGAUGUGCAAACAAAACAUGAGCGUCUGCUCGUUUGUCACGAGGAGUCAUUUCCUGCUUUCGGAGUCAUGUUGAGCUACAUUGGAGUUCUAGCUCUCAUCUGCUUUGGUGUUGCAUUCAAGGGCAGAAAUCUGCCUCAAUGUUACAAUGACGCAAAGUUCAUCACCUUUGGUAUGCUGAUUUACUUCAUCUGCUGGAUCAUCUUUGGCCCAGUUUAUGCCAACGUCAGCGGUCAGUACCUGCCGGCAGUGGAGAUGGUCGUCAUCCUCAUCUCAGCCUACGGUAUCCUGUUCUGUCAGUUCUUCACAAAGUGCUACAUUAUUCUGUUCAAGCAGGAAGCAAACACGGAGAAUGCAUUCCGCCAGAAUGUGAGAAAUUAUUCCUUGGGCAGUCUCCCAGAUCUGAAAAAUAGCACAUCUUCACUGAGGUCUGAAGGGAUCCAGAACCCUGCUCUCUAUGUGGAGCCCCCGAUGUCAAAUUCACAAUCAGUACAGGUACUGACUGAACAAAGGCCCUCUGAGAGUUCUGAUGUGUCGUCAUGCUCACUUUCUCCAGUCUCCAAUCCACUCGCUCCAAUCUACUCGCAGCAGAAUGACCACAGGAGCAACAAGAGACAAUUAAGGAGAUAUCUGAGCUUGCAAAUGUAGUUGAAAAAAUGCAUUACAAUGUUCAUAACUGCAGCACAAAAUGUAACAGUUAAAACAACAGCACUUUCAUUUUCAACACCGAUGUUUUGGUGUAUUGUUUUUUCGCCUGUAAAAUGGUCAAAUUACUUUCCCAAGGUCUAAUCUGUCUCAUCCAAAUUGCUUGUCUGACCACCUGUUUAAGAGCCAAGGAUUUUCACUCUAGUAUGAGCAUCAAAUCCUUAAUAUUUUAGGAGCUAUUAGCAUUCUCCCAUCAGUACGAUACUCUGUAAUGACUGAGAUGGCAUCUUGAGUGAUCAUGUUUCAUCUGUUUCUCUGGUAUGUUUCUGUUUCUGUUUAAUUUAUUAUUAAAU